AUGCUCAUCGUCGAUCUCGCUGCUCGGAUUUUCUGGUUCCCCUUCAGGCCAUUCGGACGAUAUCUGCCCCCUUCUCCUCCUUCUUCUGCACCCAUCUUGAAGCCCGCACCUCCUCGCGGAACCAACUCCCCUCCUGUCAACAAACCCGACUCCACUCCUGUGGCUAUCAAGCCUUCCAAGAUCAAGGACGAUGUCGCCUACGUCUUCUUCCAGUGGACCAAGAACGAAUACGGCCAAGAGAAGGUCAACUGGUUCCAGACCUUCCCCAUCGAGAACCUGACAAAGACUGGACGCAACGACAAAUUCAAGCUCAACCACCACAAGUUCAAGUGGGAGAUCCUCGCCCUCGACGGUUACCAGACACUCGAGGUUACCAUGAAAGGACCCAAGCAUAACAAGAACCCUGAGGCCUUCACCGUCGACCGUUUCUGGGACUCGGAGUCCCAUGGCGGAAAGGCCAACGAUAUCCCUCUGGUUUGGACCGGCAAGGUCAACUACCAGGACAGCGCCAAGGAUGAGAUGGCCAUCUUUGUCGUCCCCGAGGGCUUCGGAGCCGACCGACCCGUGGUCGCGCUUUGGCAAUGGAACCGAUUCGACAUUCCCAAGAACGACCCGAACAUCGCUUGCUCUAUGCCGACCGACAAGCCCCCGCCAAGAGUCUCGUUCGUCCAGCACGGAAAGCAGAACAUUGAGAACGAGAGCGAGGAAGGCAGCCAGCAAAGCGGCAAACUGACCCUCCGCUUCAAGGAACCUGACUCCAAGGCUAGCCAGGAACUUGGAAAGCUUAGCCUUUCUGGUCGGUUUGAUCGUAACUCCUUUGGCUUCCACCCGCCUGAGUCGAAGCCUGAGCACCUCAAGCUGGAUGUCAGAGUCCCUCAGCCUCAACCCUCACUCCCUCGCAUCACCGGGAAGAUGCCUUUCCCCGAAACUCUUGUGGAGACUCUGACGCACACUGCUGCGUUCGUUGACCAAGCUGGAUACCUUGCCAAGUCCGUUGAGGAGCAAUUCAACGCUCUCAAUGCCAAGUAUGGUCUGCGCGGUCAGAAGCUUGAUGCUCUCCAGAGCAAGAGCGACGGUCUGGAAAAGAGCGUCAAGCAGAAGGAGGCCGAACUUCAAGCUGAGAAGAAGUCUCUUGCGGAGCUGGCCAAAAUUCUCAAAGACACUCAAGAAGCGGCGGCCAAGAAGGAGUCAGAGCUUCAGAAGAAGAUCGAUGAAUCACUCGCGGUGAUUGCCAAGGCCAGCACUCAUGACAAGGCAGACCACGCGGCCAUCGAAGAGCUGAAGAAGAAGAUCGAGACUGAGCGAAAGAACCUCAAUGCGAAGAUCUCCAGCUUGCAACAGCAACUCAACAAUGCCAAGACUGAACUGACAACAAAGGAGUCUUUGCUCAAGAGUGCACAGAAGGAUAACAGGGUCCUGAACAGCACUAUCAUUGUGCUUAAAGGCCAGGUGAUUGCUGCCAACAAGGAGAGAGACGACCAGAAGAAGACGAUCAGGGACCUCUAAGCGUACAAGAGAAACGCGGAGUACGCCAAGGGAGAAGCCGAUCGGGCCCUUACUGCUGUCAAAGCACAACUGAAGGAUAAGGAGGAGAGAGUGAAGGAGCUUGAUAAGUUGCUUUUGGCGGAGACAGCCGCAAAGGAC